AUGACUAUUGGAGACGUAAAAUCUGCUCAGGGCCUCAACGAAUUGAACAAAUAUUUAGCUGAGAGAAGUUAUGUGUCUGGUUACACCCCCUCUCAAGCUGAUGUUCAAGUAUUCCAAGAGGUAGGCAAAGCACCAUCAGCCAGCUUACCACACGCCCUACGUUGGUACAACCAAAUCGCCUCGUACACACCCGCAGAACGUAAAGCCUGGGCUGCUGGUGUCAGCCCUCUGACAGCUGGUGGCAAAACCACAACCCCAGCGCCCGCUAAACCCGCCGCUAAAGUUGACGAUGAUGAUGAUGAUGUCGAUCUUUUCGGCUCUGGUGACGAAGAAGAGGAUGCGGAAGCCGCUAGAGUCCGUGAAGAGCGUUUAAAGGCCUAUGCUGAUAAGAAGUCAAAGAAACCUGCCCUCAUUGCCAAGUCCUCGAUCCUGCUGGAUGUAAAACCCUGGGAUGAUGAAACAGACAUGAAAGAAAUGGAAAAACAUGUCCGCUCUGUUGAAAUGGAUGGUCUUCUAUGGGGUGCUUCAAAAUUAGUACCAGUCGGUUAUGGAAUCAACAAGCUGCAAAUCAUGUGUGUCAUUGAAGAUGAUAAGGUGUCUGUGGACCUUCUCACUGAGAAAAUCCAAGAAUUCGAAGACUUCGUCCAAUCUGUAGAUAUUGCUGCAUUUAACAAAAUCUAA